UAUCAAAUCGAUGAUAGUGAUGAUUUUACCGAAGCAGAAGGACUGAUUUUCAAGGAAGCGAUUUUGAAUAUGUCUUUGAAUGGUGAUGAUAUCGGCGCCACUGGUGGUGGUGUGAACCUCAAUGACGAGAUGAUGUUCUACGAGAAUCGAUCCUCACCGAUCGACGAAAUCGAUUUUGAUCAUGUAAUUUUCCGGUCUUUCACAUAG